AUGGGAUCAAUCGACCUUGGUCAACGCACGGUGCUGUGGACCCUGGACAAAAUUGUCGCAGAACAACCCGAUCGACUCUACUGCAUCCAGCCCACCUCGACCGAUAUAUUGGAUGGCUGGAAAGACGUCUCUUUUGCUGAUCUAGCAAAUGCUAUUCAGAAUAUGGUACUCUGGAUUCAGACUGAAGUUUCAUCUUCUAGCGAGCCUUUGACACUGGCUUAUCUAGGUUCCAAUGAUAUCCGCUAUGCUGCAUUUGUCUUUGCCUGCAUGAGGCUGCAACACACGGCCCUAUUGCUAUCUCCUCGGAAUUCUGAGAAAGCUUCAACUCAUGUGUUGGGUGCUACGAACUGUGUCAGGAUUUUGUAUAGCCCUGAGCGCUCCCGGCAAGUGGAUAUGUUGAAAUCUACGAACGCUUCUAUCCAAGCCUGGGAGGUUCCUGGCCUCUGGGAUAUCUUUGUGAGCAACAAAAGUGGUGUGGCCAUUCAGAUAACCAAGCCGAUCAGCGAUUUGGAAGAAAGAGUAGCGGUUUAUAUCCAUAGCUCUGGAACGACCGGCUUACCCAAGCCAGUUCCGAUGACGAAUGGAUAUUUCAAAGCGAUCGAAAAUACUGGACUAUUACCUCUGCCAGACGAUAGAGACAGCAGCCUCGUAGCUGUUGCAGAACCAGGCAAGCUGUUCUUCACAGUGAGCCCAUUUUUCCACUUUAUGGGCGUCCUUAAUAUGGUCACGCCUAUACUUUUCUCGACUCCCUUUAUUCUCAGCCCAGACAAGCCCUUGACGACAGAUUUGCUCUCUCAAAUAGUUAAAGAGAAGCAGCCAGAGACAGCCAUCCUUCCACCAUCUAUCCUAGAAGAACUCAGUUCAUCACACACCGGCAUGAGUGUUCUGAAAGAGUUCCGCAUGAUAGCUUUUGGAGGCGCCCCUCUGGCGUCUGAAGUUGGCGAUCGUAUAUCGGAGAUAACUCAUAUUCAAUCCGUUCUGGGAUCAAGCGAAUGUGGCCUAUUUGCAACAUUGAAACAUACAGACAAAAGCGACUGGAAAUACCUCGAAUGGAACCCAGCUCACGGCCUUGAGAUGCGCGACAUCGGCGACAACUUUUACGAACUUGUGGUGCCCCGUGGCAAAAGCCGGGAAGCACAAUCUGUCUUUCAUACGUACCCCGAAACGCAGGAGUAUCGUACCGGCGACAUUUUCACGGAACAUCCUGAAAAGGAGGGACUUUGGCUGUAUCAGGGAAGAUUAGAUGAUGUUAUUGUGUUGAGCAAUGGUGAGAAGUUCAAUCCAACUUCCAUGGAGGAACUCAUUUCUUCACACCCACUUAUUGCCCGCGCGCUUAUCUUGGGUCAGGGUCGAUUUCAGUCUAGCGCUUUAUUGGAGCCUGACUGGGAUGCCUGGAAGGGUGAAAAGGAAUCCCUGGUAGACGAGAUUUGGCCAGUGAUUCAGAAAGCAAAUGAUGCUGCUCCUACCCACGCCCGGCUCAUGAGGGACCGCAUCGGACUAGCCUCCCCUUCGAAACCAUUCACUCUUACUCCGAAGGGAACAAUUCAGCGGCGAUCAGUGUUGAAAGACUACACUGACGAGAUCGAAGCUCUUUAUGCGAGCCAAGAUGAGAAAGACAUCACACAAAUUUCUAAAGACGCAUCGAAUUCAGACAUCAAGGCAUAUAUUACCACCGUUCUUGAAGAUAUUCUAUCCAUCGCCUCAGUUGACGAAAACGCGGACAUAUUUGCUUUGGGUGUCGAUUCCCUACAAACGCUCCGCUUAGGUCAAAUCUUGCAAGGUGCUCUGAAAACUGCGAAGCCAGAUGUAACAGCGGCAGCAUUCAACAAUCAGCAGUUGUAUUCGCACCCGACUAUCUCUCACCUCUCUGAAUAUGUUUUAAAUCUAUUGCAGGGGCAAGACUCGCCACCUGCGUCAUCUAUACUCGAAAACGACCAUGAUAGAGAGAUCCGCAUAGCCGAACUUGUGUCCAGAUACUCUGAUGACCUCGGUGAGAGCCAUGCGGUCAUUUUGACAGGAUCAACUGGGUCAUUGGGAACAUAUUUGUUGUAUGAACUUCUACAGGAUCUCAGUGUAUCAAAGGUCUACUGCCUGAAUCGGUCCUCGGAUGCUGCUUCAAGACAGCUGAAGAGUUUGCAAGAAAAGGGGCUUACGCGAUUGAAUCAUUUAUCACGUCGCGUGGAAUUCCUUGAGGCUAAAUUCGGAUCAGAACGGCUUGGGCUUGACGAAGAGAAGUACGAUAUUCUUCUGCAGGAAGUUGAUACCAUAAUUCACAACGCCUGGAAAGUUAACUUCAACCACCAAGUUGAGGCAUUUGAGGAUCCGCAUAUUCAAGGGGUUCGCCGGUUAGUUGACUUCAGCGUUGCAAGUGAGAAGACUGCGCAUAUUCAUUUCGUUUCUUCUAUCUCAACCAUUGAAGGGUAUAGUCCCGAGGAGGGGCCUUCUAUCCCAGAGAUGAUCUUCACCGAUCCCACUGUUGCUCUUCGCCAAGGUUACGGUGAAUCAAAGCAUGUGUCUGAACGAAUUUGCGCUACUGCAUCGGCAAAGUGUGGUGUGCCAACUAGCAUUCAUCGGGUAGGCCAGAUCGGUGGUCCAACCACGAAGAAGGGAAUGUGGAACAAACAGGAGUGGGUACCAUCAUUGAUUGCAACAUCGAAGACUAUCAAGCAAAUUCCCUUGUCAUUGGGAUCUGUAUCUGUGCAAUGGGUUCCGGUGGAUGUAACUGCGAAAGUGAUCACGGAUAUUGUACGCACGCGGCGUAUAACACAGGAUCAGGAGCUCUGUGCCGCCUUCCAUAUUGUGAACCCAAAGACGGCGGAUUGGCAGUCUCUCGUUCCUGCUGUGACCAAACACUUUGAAGUUGAACCAGUCCCUUUGCAACAUUGGCUGCAAACUCUGGACUCAUUCACCAAUGCAACGGAAGAGGAUCUUCGAAAUAAGCCUGCACUCAAGAUUCUGGACUUUUUUAAAGCAAUUGCAAUGGCUGACGAGCCAGGCCCAUGGACCGAAACCACGAAAACCCAGGAGGCGAGCAAGACACUCAGACAACUAGAGGCAAUCGGUCUUGCUCUUAUGGAUAAUUGGAUGAAUCAAUGGGAUUUCCAAUAA